UGAACCCCACCAUGCAGACCCCGGCAGAUUUCCCCAGGGUUGAGAGAGACUCGGCCCCGUGCCCCAGAAAGGAUGAAGGUGUCCUCAAGGAGAUCUCCAUCACGCACCAUGUCAAGGCUGGCUCUGAAAAGGCUGACCCCUCCCAGUUUGAGCUCCUCAAGGUCCUGGGGCAAGGAUCCUUCGGCAAAGUCUUCCUGGUGCGGAAGGUCACCCGACCUGACAGCGGGCACCUGUAUGCCAUGAAGGUACUGAAGAAGGCAACGCUGAAAGUGCGUGACCGCGUGCGGACCAAGAUGGAGAGAGACAUUCUGGCCGAUGUAAACCACCCAUUUGUGGUGAAGCUGCACUAUGCCUUCCAGACAGAAGGCAAGCUCUAUCUUAUUCUGGACUUCCUGCGUGGUGGGGACCUCUUCACUCGGCUCUCUAAAGAGGUUAUGUUCACGGAGGAGGACGUGAAGUUCUACUUGGCGGAGUUGGCCUUGGGCCUGGACCACCUGCACAGCCUGGGCAUCAUUUACAGAGACCUCAAGCCGGAGAACAUCCUUCUGGAUGAGGAGGGCCACAUCAAACUCACUGAUUUUGGUCUGAGCAAGGAGGCCAUUGACCACGAGAAGAAGGCUUACUCCUUCUGCGGGACGGUGGAGUACAUGGCCCCUGAAGUUGUCAGCCGCCAGGGCCACACCCACAGUGCGGACUGGUGGUCCUAUGGGGUGUUGAUGUUUGAGAUGCUGACGGGCUCCCUGCCCUUCCAGGGGAAGGACCGGAAGGAGACCAUGACAUUGAUCCUGAAGGCGAAGCUAGGCAUGCCCCAGUUUCUGAGCACGGAAGCCCAGAGCCUCCUGCGGGCCCUGUUCAAGCGGAAUCCUGCCAACCGGCUCGGCUCGGGCCCCGACGGGGCAGAGGAGAUCAAGCGGCACAUCUUCUACUCCACCAUCGACUGGAAUAAGCUGUACCGCCGCGAGAUCAAGCCACCCUUCAAGCCGGCUGUGGCUCAGCCUGAUGACACCUUCUACUUUGACACCGAAUUCACAUCCCGCACACCCAGAGACUCCCCAGGCAUUCCCCCCAGCGCUGGCGCCCAUCAGCUGUUCAGAGGCUUCAGCUUCGUGGCCACUGGCCUGAUGGAGGACGAUGGCAAACCUCGGACCACUCAGGCCCCACUGAACGCGGUGGUGCAGCAACUCCAUGGGAAAAACCUGGUGUUCAGUGACGGCUACGUGGUAAAGGAGAUGAUCGGUGUGGGCUCCUACUCUGUGUGUAAUCGCUGUGUCCACAAGGCCACCAACAUGGAGUAUGCUGUCAAGGUCAUUGACAAGAGCAAGCGGGAUCCCUCAGAAGAGAUAGAGAUUCUUCUGCGGUACGGGCAGCACCCCAACAUCAUCACUCUGAAAGAUGUGUAUGACGACGGCAAACACGUGUACCUGGUGACAGAGCUGAUGCGAGGUGGGGAGCUGCUGGACAAGAUCCUGCGGCAGAAAUUCUUCUCGGAACGGGAGGCCAGCUUCGUCCUGCACACCAUUAGCAAGACCGUGGAGUAUCUGCACUCCCAGGGGGUCGUGCACAGGGACCUCAAGCCCAGCAACAUCCUGUAUGUGGACGAGUCUGGAAACCCCGAGUGCCUGCGCAUCUGUGACUUCGGCUUCGCCAAGCAGCUGCGGGCUGAGAACGGGCUGCUCAUGACCCCCUGCUACACCGCCAACUUCGUGGCGCCCGAGGUGCUGAAACGCCAGGGCUACGAUGAAGGCUGUGACAUCUGGAGCCUGGGCAUCCUGCUGUACACCAUGCUGGCAGGAUACACGCCAUUCGCCAACGGACCCAGCGACACGCCCGAGGAGAUCCUGACCCGGAUCGGCAGUGGGAAGUUCACCCUCAGCGGGGGAAAUUGGAACACAGUUUCAGAGACAGCCAAGGACCUGGUAUCCAAGAUGCUGCACGUGGACCCCCACCAGCGCCUCACAGCCAAGCAAGUCCUGCAGCACCCGUGGAUCACCCAGAAAGACAAGCUCCCGCAGAGCCAGCUGUCCCACCAGGACCUGCAGCUGGUGAAGGGAGCCAUGGCAGCCACGUACUCUGCACUGAACAGCUCCAAGCCCACCCCCCAGCUGAAGCCCAUCGAGUCAUCUAUCCUGGCCCAGCGGCGGGUGAGGAAGCUGCCGUCAACCACCCUGUGAGGGGCCGGUGCCCCGGCCGCAGGGCCGUGCUAGCUCGAGGGACGCAGCUGACUUCCCAGAGGGAGCAGGCCUGAGUCGCAGGACCAGAGGGAGCUGGAGCCCAGAGGGGCCGACACAGCCGGCCAGGCCACCCCCGCACGGGUGUGAGAAGUGCCUUCUCCUUCCCCAGGAUGGACUCUUCUCGGCUCAGGCUCUGCUGGUUGAAAUCGAUUCACCGUACAACCACUUGUCUUUUUCAAGGACAAAAUGGCAUCAACCACCGUGGAUUUUACAGGAUCCAUUUUGCCUUUCUGGGAACAGAAAUAGCCAGCGUAGCCCCAGGAGGGGCACUGAGUCACACCAGGGCUCUUUGGGGCGGAGACGCCUUAGCAGAGCCCUGGGUCCUGCCGGCCGCCCGCCCCAGCCGGCCUCUGGAGCCGCCCGCACGCACGCAGCGCCACCCAGAGCUCUUGGCUGUCCCACACGCCGCUCCCCUUCCCUCUGUUCCGCGGGGGUCCAGAGCCCCUCCCUGGUCAGGAUGAGCCCCCAGGCCCUGUGGCGCCCAGCGCCAGGCACCAGCAUCCAUCGCCCCGUGGGCCCCCUGCAGCCAGGCCGGGCAGCCCCCGGAGGACCCAGGAAGCACUUUCUGGCCGACUGUGUUGGAGUCGGCCGCAGGACGAGUCCCCAGGUGGCCAGGGGGCUGGGCUGAGGGCAGGGGCUUGUUUUCAUUUCUUCCUCAGCUGGUAACUCAGGGUUCAUCUGUCCAUGGCCUUUCUAAUAAACUUACAGUUGAG